AUGGGCUUAGAAGAGGAGGUUAAAAUGAGGUCUUGGGAGGCUUUGGACGAGGUAGUGAGAAGUAUGCCUAGUUCGGAGAAGAUUGUCAUAGCAGGAGACUUUAAUGGGCACAUUAGGAUUUUGCCCGGAGGAUAUGACGAGGUGCAUGGAGGUUUUGGUUUCGGUGAUAGAAAUAAUGAGGAAGCUGUUAGGUCUGCCAGUUGCAUCAUAGAGACUGACAGAGGAGUGUUGGGUGUUUCGAAAGGUCGGGCAGGACGGCCUAAGGAGAACUGGUGGUGGAAUGAAGAAGUUAAUAAGAAAGUAGAGAUUAUGAAGGGGGUGUAUAUUAAGUUGAUUGAGAGUAAAGAUGCAGAGGAGAACUGGGUAAAUAGGGAGGUUUACAAAGUAGCAAGGAAGGAGUCUAAAUAG